AUGGCCUCAGCCUGGUCAGAAGAGGAGACCUUUGUCUGCUCAGUGUGCCUGGACACCCUGAAGGAUCCGGCCACUGUACCCUGUGGACACUCGUACUGCUUGGCUUGCAUCAAGAGCCACUGGGACAAGGAAGACAGCAAGAGCCAGUACAGCUGCCCCCAGUGUAGGCAGGUUUUCGAAUCUCGACCCUCGCUGGCCAAGAGCACUGUCUUAGUGGAAGCUAUGGAGAAACUGAGAACCAACAGCCUCAAGCAUAGGCCCUCCACAGCUGUCUCCUCUGCCCCGCCAUCAAUGCCUAUCUACCUGGAGGUCCUACCAGACACAGGACCACGACAGGGCAGCAUGUACCCUCAGCUUCCUACAGUGGCCCCCAGAUCCUGCCCUCAUCACAACCAACCCCUGGACCUGUUUUGCAAAGAUGACAAGGAGUGUGUGUGUGAGGUGUGCUGCCAGCAUGGACACAGGGGACAUCAUGUGGCCAAACCACAGGAGGAGAGACAAGAGAGACAGAAAGAGCUUGUUCAGAUGCAGGCAGAAGUACACAGGAGAGCCCAGGAGACUGAGAAAAAGCUUAAAGAGCUCCCACAUGCUGCUCGUCAAUACAAGGCCUUAGUUCAGGCCCUGGGGCAACAGAGCACCGAUUUAUUUUCUGACCUUGUCAAGAAUGUGAAUCAUACGGGCAUCCAGGUUGGUGAGCUUCUCAGCACUCAUGAGACCUCCUUAGGCAGCCAGAUUGAGGGUCAGAUUCACAGACUGGAGCAGCAGGUGGUACAACUCAACUGGAAAAAUGAAGAACUGAGCAGACUGGCUGCCAUGGAGGACCCCGUCUGCUUCUUGAAGAAUUUCCUCAUCAUGGAACCGCUGGGUCAGACUGGUGCCACAGGAGAGUCGAUACUGAUAAAGGAGGAAGCAGUAGUGGCCUCCAUCCGUUCAGCCAUGAAAGAACUACAAGAGUCAAUACAGAACCUCUGCAAGGUCACACUGGCCAAGAUCAUCACAUUAGUGUAUGAGAUGACAACAAACCCUCCACCUUUAUGCCCACCCCGACCUCAAGUUUCUGCACCCCCUCAACCAUCCCUUCUUCCUCAACCUCAAGCUCCUGUGACAACAGUGGGACUUGUGAAUCCAGAACCAAAGACUAGAGGAGAGCUGCUGAAAUUUCGCUUUGAGCCCACCAUGGACCCCAACACCGUGUAUCGCCACGUGCUGCUGUCAGAUGGAGGGCAUAAAGCUACAAUGCGGGCUGAGAACUUGAAACCAGCAGACCAUCCUGAACGCUUCCACUUCUGGAGACAGGUUCUCUGCAGAGAGCCUCUGGCGGGGAGCCCUUACUACUGGGAGGUGGAGUGGACUGGCCAGAAGAUCACCAUUGGUGUGGCCUACAAGGAGAUGCAACGUAAUAGUUCUGAUGACAAAAGCCGCCUGGGCCACAAUCCUCUGUCCUGGAGCAUGUACUGGUCCGGGACUGGCUUCUCCUUCUGGCACGAUGGCCAGGAAAAGCAGCUGGGUUCACCAAAAGCCCGACGAAUUGGUGUCUAUCUGGACCAGCAUGCAGGGAUCCUGGCCUUUUACCGCAUCGCCGACAACCAGGCUUACCUCAUCCACCAGCACAAGACCCAGUUCACUGGACAGCUGUACCCAGGGUUCAGGUUCUGGGCAGGGAUAGGAGCUACACUGACUAUUUGCCAGUUGGAUUGA